AACCACUGUGCGCGCCGCCCUGUUUCCGGGAGGGGACGCUCAGGGUGAGACACUUGUCCGUUACCCGUAGGCGCUGCCGCGCAGCGAUGAAGUUUCGGGCCAAGAUAGUGGACGGGGCCUGUCUGAACCACUUCACACGAAUCAGUAACAUGAUAGCCAAGCUUGCCAAAACCUGCACCCUCCGCAUCAGUCCUGACAAGCUUAACUUCAUCCUUUGUGACAAGCUGGCUAAUGGAGGGGUGAGCAUGUGGUGUGAGCUGGAACAGGAGAACUUCUUCAGCGAAUUUCAAAUGGAGGGUUUCUCUGCAGAAAACAAUGAGAUUUAUUUAGAGCUAACAUCGGAAAACUUAUCACGAGCCUUGAAAACUGCCCAGAAUGCCAGAGCCUUGAAAAUCAAACUGACUAAUAAACACUUUCCCUGCCUCACAGUCUCCGUCGAGCUGUUUUCUAUGUCAAACAGUAGCCGCAUUGCGACACACGACAUCCCCAUAAAGGUUAUUCCUAGGAAAUUGUGGAAGGACUUACAAGAGCCGAUGGUUCCAGAUCCUGAUGUUAGUAUUUAUUUACCAGUCUUGAAGACUAUGAAGAGUGUUGUGGAAAAAAUGAAAAACAUCAGCAGUCACCUUGUUAUUGAAGCAAACCUAGAUGGAGAAUUGAAUUUGAAAAUAGAAACCGAAUUAGUAUGUGUUACAACUCAUUUUAAAGAUCUUGGAAAUCCUCCAUUAGCCUCUGAAAGCACCUCUCAAGACAGAAACCCAGAACACAUGGCUGAAGUGCACAUAGAUAUUAGGAAGCUCCUACAGUUUCUUGCUGGACAACAAGUAAAUCCCACAAAGGCCUUAUGCAAUAUUGUGACUAACAAGAUGGUGCAUUUUGAUCUGCUUCAUGAGGACGUCUCCCUUCAGUAUUUCAUCCCUGCGCUGUCCUAGCACCCUGUGCUGUCCUAGCACCCUGUGGUUGGAGCGGCAUGCAGAGACUUUGUCAGGAUGGGAGAGGCCAUAGACGUUGUGUUCCCACUCACUGGUCUGUGUCCUCGCAGCACUGCACAUUGACACACUGUACUUAUUUGUCCCUCUCUAACAUCUCAACUAAAAAUUAAUUGAAUGACACACAGUUGGAUAAACAUAUCACUUCCUGUUGCUCAUGGCUGUUUUGUUUUGUUUUUAAGACAUUAAAAAGAAAAGCUAGAAUUUAUUCAGACUUUAAA